AUGGAUAAUGGACCUAGUGAGGUAGUGUUCACGACAACGUCAUCACCGAUUGAAUCGGGUGUUGUAUUUCGCUAUGGUCAAGGCUCGGUCAAGGUCCCCGCUCCCCGCAAGAGGGGGCGGCCGAUAGGAUCAACUAAGAGAAGAAAAACUGGAAAUGAUGUGGAUGAGCCGGAACGGAAAGAUCAUGAAAGAUUUCAAUUUAUCAAUCUGGGUAGUAAUUCGGCCAACAUCGAUCGUGAUACCCGGAAAUAUAUUAGAAAGAGGGUGAUGCUCAACCACACACACACCAACCAGAAGCGCAAACAGCUCUCCACUGAACGUACAAAAGAAAAGACAAGCACCGCGACAGGACUUUCCCCAGAAGUGAUGCCCUCGCAAUUUGGCCGUGUGGACCCCUUCGACACGCUACCGAUUCAAUUUGAGCCAUAUAUGCAUGAUCUACUCUCCUUGUAUAUUACUACUAUUUGGGAGACGCUCUACUCGAUCGAGAAGAGGAGUGGCUGCAACCCAAUGGUUAAUUAUUGGUUACCAUUGGCAUUCAAUGACCCGGCUUUGCUGCAUAGCCUAAUAGGAUGUGCUGCAUCGUUUUUGGUGACAGCUAACCAGCUUUGCGGAUAUCCAUUCUUUGUUAAACACUUGAAUGAAGCUAUAGCCAUCGUCAACCAGAGAAUGGCAGAUUCGACUAUUUCGGUAUCUGAUGAAACCUUGGUCGUCGUUGCUAGCAUCGCUAUGAUCAAGGUGUGUUGUAGGAACGUUCAAAUCCUAGGCUUUACAUUAUUAUUGACAUCCAAGUAG